AUGAUUCGUGAUCGACUACGAGCAGCUCAAAGUAGAAAAAAGAGCUAUUAUGACAUUAAAAGGAAGGCUUUAGAACUUGAAAUUGGAGAUAAAGUUUUCUUGCAGGUUGCACCUAUGAAAAGAGUAAUGAGAUUUGGCAAAAAGGGUAAGUUAUGCCCUAGGUAUGCAGGGCCUUUUGAGGUCUUGGAGAGAGUGGGUGAAAUUGCAUAUAAAAUUGCCCUACCACCAGCCCUGUCAAAAAUUCAUAAUGUUUUCCAUGAUUUUAUGCUAUGGAAAUACAUUCCUGACCCUUUGCAUGUAUGGAGCUAUGAGCCUCAUCAAAUUAGAGAUGAUUUGUCAUAUGAAAAAGUUCUAGUAGAGAUUUUGGAUCGUAAGGAGCAAGUGCUAUGCAAUAGAACAAUAUCUUGGGUAAAGGUGCUUUGGAAGAAUCAUUUGGUGAAAAGGGCAUCUUGGGAGGGUGAGGAUGAUAUGUUGUCAAGAUACCCAAGCCUUUUUCAGGAUCAAUGUAUGUAA